AUGCUUUGUAGUACUGCACUUAGACGUAUUCCCAUUGAAGUUGAUAGGAGAGUGAUUUUAAAUCGUGGGAAGGUAAUUUUGAUUUCAAAAUUUCAUUCUGAGUCAGGCAGUGAACCAGGUUAUUUACAUGAUUCAUUAUGGCCAAACAAUAAUAACCCAACACCUUAUGAAAUCUUUAAUUUGAAAGGUACAGACGUGGAUAACAAGAGUUUGAAAAAAAUUUAUCAUAAAUAUGUUAAGCUUUAUCAUCCUGAUAUGUCAUGUAAUAAACAUAUCUUAAGAAAUGUGUCAGGCAAAGAGAGUAGAUUAUUAAGUAUAGAAGAAAAAUUGGAAAGAUUUAAACUUAUAUCUCAUGCUUAUGAAAUAUUGAAAGAUAAGGAUAAAAAAUUUUUAUAUGAUUGUAAUAAAUCAGGAUGGGUUAACAAUGGCUGUGUACGUCACAAUUAUCCAAAUGCAUAUUCUACAAAACAUUAUGGUAAUGGUUAUGGCUAUCAAUCUGAUUACACAUACGCCUAUUGGAGUGCAGGAACCUGGGAUGAUGUUCAAGAAUUAAAUAGAGAGAAAGAAUCUUUUAAUAUAUGGCAACUAUGCAUUUUUGUUUGUUCAUUGUACGCAUGUGUUAAAGGCGUGGCGUUACUAUCAGAAUUAGAAGAUGCAAUUAAUAUGAAAUCCCCUUCACAAGAAGAUUCAGAAAGAGAUUUGAUACUAUCUUAUACAAACUAUGGACUCGAUACAGAUAAAAUGUCUCGUUUGAAAAGGUUUUUAUGGUUUAGAACUUUCUCAAUGUUUAGAACGAAAGAAGAUUUGGAUAGAGAAGUUGCAAAAAACAAUAAGCUUCUGGCAGAAUUAGAAAAACCAAAGAAACAAAAAUAA